GCGGGGAGUGUAGAUAAGCAAAGCACGUAAGCGAGAGUCGGAUAGAAACGGCACAAAUAAAUGAUAGACGUGGGCAUUCAAGCUGCCUGAUUCCCGGCAAGUGGGUUUGUUUAGAUUGGAUUAAUUUCACGUAAACGCAGACGACAGCCUAAGAUAAAAUGUCGACAGUGACGAAACUAUUGCCGUAUGGAUUAGUGACUGCUGGCUUGGUCAUGUCGUUCUUGUGUGACGGCUGUUUCAUGUCCAAAGUUGUUAAAGCAGUAACUCUCCUCUCCGCUGGUUACCUCUUCAGAAAGUACAUGAAAGGCGGCGUGUAUCGAGGUAAGGAGAGGAUAGAGGGUAAGACGGUCAUCAUUACAGGAUGUAACACUGGCAUCGGUAAGGAGACGGCCAGAGAGUUGGCCAGGAGAGGUGGAAGAAUCAUAAUGGCAUGUAGAGAUUUAGAAAAAGCCAAAAUGGCUAGAGAAGAAAUUGUGACUGACACAGGGAAUCCUAAUGUCAUUGUGAUGAAACUAGACCUGUCUUCAUUUGAGUCAAUCAAGGAGUUUGCUCAAGCCAUUAAUGAAACUGAGCCUCGUAUUGAUAUUCUUAUAAACAAUGCUGGUGUGAUGAUGUGUCCAAAGAUGUUGACCAAGGAUGGCCUGGAAAUGCAGAUUGGUGUCAACCAUUUUGGCCAUUUUUACCUGACAAAUCUACUGCUGGACAAACUAAAAGCUUCCACUCCCAGUCGGAUCAUCAUAGUGUCUAGCCUGGCCCACAUCUUUGGGAAAAUUGAUUUUGAUGACAUCAACAGUACAAAGAGAUAUAAGCCUUCUGAUGCUUACGCCCAGAGCAAGCUGGCAAAUAUAUUACACAUGAGGCAACUGGUCAAAGUGUUGGAAGGUACUGGAGUGACAGUGUAUAGCCUUCACCCCGGCUCAGUGGACACGGAGCUACAGCGCCACUUCACGAUCCUACAGUACUCAAUUAUUAAGGUCCUGUUCUACCCUGUCAAGUUUAUGUUCUUCAAAACUCCCAUAGAGGGAGCUCAGACAACGCUGUACGCUGCUCUGGAUCCAGCUCUUGAAACUGUCACUGGGAAAUAUUUCUCUGACUGCAAAGAAAAACUCCCAGCACCAAGAGCUUUGGUUGAAGAGGAUGCCCAGAAGUUAUGGAACCUCAGUCUGACAAUUACACAGGAAAACAAACAGUCCUAAUGCAAUGGUCAAGUCGAAAGCUCUAGUGAUCACACAAAGAAAAACAUGGGACUCACGAAUAUUAAAAAUAUCUGUUUACCUAGAGAGGUACUUUAAAACUGCCGUAUAUAAUUCUCUAGAUCACCCAGGUUUAUUCACUAUCUUCAGCUAUUAUAGUCCCAUCACUGACAUCUGCCUUUGUUUACCAACAUAAAAUUUCAAUGUGUUAAUGUAUGGGAUUUUUUUUACUUAUUACUUUUUUACUCCUCACAGAUCUAUUAAAAAAAAAGAAUUAGCACUUUUUUCAUCCUUUGUUUUAUAUGUCAGUAUUGUUUUCUGAUAUUUCAUUGCAUAAUUAGUAUUUAUAAUGGCAUAAUAAAGUAUAGGUAAUACAUAUUAAUCAUAAGGAUCUUAGGAAUAAGGGACAACCAUAUAAGGAAAGUCAAAAUAUAUAAUGUGUGUAUUGAUAGUGUAUGAUGUGUGUGUUGAUAGUGCCUACUGUAUAAUGUGUGUGUUGAUAGUGGCUAGUGUAUAAUGUGUGUGUAUGUUGAUAGUGUAUAAUGUGUGUGUUGAAAUUGGCUGUGUAUAAUAUUUGUGUGUUGAUAGUGGCUGUGUAUAAUGUGUGUAUGUGUUGAUAUUACCUAGUGUAUAAUGUUUGUGUGCUGAUAAUGGAUGUGUAUAAUGUGUGUGUGUGUUGAUAGUGUAUAAUGUGUAUGUUGAUAGCAUAUAACGUGUAUGUUGAUAGUGCCUACUUUUUCAUUCUGUGUUAAAAAUUACAAAACUAAAUAUUAACUUAAUGUACAAGAGAGACAGUUGUCACUUUAAGACAUAUCUCAUAGAGAAACAGAAGCCAACAUUUUUAAUCAGAAGAAAUGCACCUCAUGUUCCUUGUUAACCUGUAUCUAUCUGCAUGGGUAGCAGUCGAUGGAUAUAGUUAUAUUCUGUUUCUUUAGAGUAUUUCUAUACAAUGUUUUACUUUCUACUGUGUAUGCUCUAGAUAAGUAUAGAACUAUGCUAAUAAACACGGAAGUUUUGUCCAAGGAGGCGACACAAUGUAAAACAAAGUAUUUUAUUUUAAUUAAAAUCAACUUUUUUUAAAAACUUA